UUGGGAGAUACUUUAAUUACCUGAUGCCAUUGACAAGUUUGUCAAUUUAACAUCUGCAUCUUUGCAAUGCCAAAGAAAUCGAAAAAAGGCAAAACUUCGACGGAAACAACACAGAAAGGCGUUGAAGGCAGUGCCUCGUAUGCAGAAUUAAUUCUCUUGGACCCCAAUUUCCAUCAAAGUACCUCAAAAUUCGAGUUCAGCAAUGGAGACACGUACCAAGGAGAAUAUUGUGCGCAUGCAAGUGGUUUGGUUUGGAGACAAGGGCACGGAACUUAUACAACGAAAGAUGGGCAAAUAUAUACAGGCAAGUGGGAUGGUGAUAAGUUAGUUGAGAAUGAGGAUGUGGAAAUAGUAUAUCCAGGUGGAGUCAAAUACUAUGGGUCUUUGUUGAAAAAUCAGUACACAGGUCCUGGAGUUUAUCAUCUGGAGGAUAACGUGUCUUUGAUUUGUAACUUUGCGGACAACAUCCCGACCGGAGAAGUCACAUUAAUUGAUCCCAAUGGAAACGCUUGGCAUGGAUUUGCAGAAAAGGACGACAGUCUACUGAUAAAAGAACACCCGUUUUAUCGCAACAUAAGCAAAGAUUUGGGAAAGGCGCUUCCAAAGCAGACUCACAUCAGUAAAAUGAGCAUACAAGCGUCGAAAAAGUCCGACGUAGAAUCAAAGACUAGUCUUAAGUAUCGCGACCUGCGAUCGCUGGAAAAAGAAAUCUUUGCAAAAUCCAAAAAAACUCCUUCCGGCGUUGAUAGUUCUGAUUGGUACCAGGAUUAUGUUACCUAUUGCGAUACUUAUGGGGGUAUUAUCCACAAAGUGAAAACGAUUGGGGAAAGUACUCUAACCAGCGAAGAGUAUGACUGGUAUGCAAAGUACAAAGAGUUCGAAAAAAAAUAUUUGCAUCUAUUAAAAGCUCACAAAAUCGGGAAGAAAAACAGCAAACCGUUGGUGGACAACAAGUUCUUUGAAUUAAUUCAUUCUCAGGAAUACAAAGCAAUGAACAAACCAAUUCCAGUGUUUUACGCAAAUGCUGAAGAAGACGGCGAAUGUUGAGCGGGUCUUAUAUCUACAGGCUACCCAUUAUUGCACCAAUUAGCACAAAUGCACGUGUUUUUGCGUGCAAAUAUAGAUAUUGCGGAAUUAUAUUUAUAAAAUUAA